AUGAGGUACGUAGAGUCCGCUGAGCGCGGGCUGGCGAUGGCGCAGCUGAUCGGCAUCAUCGUCGCGGUGGUGCUGCUGUGCUGCUGCUGCGACUCGCGGAACCACGCGAAUGCGCCGAAGGAGCCGACAGACCCUGUGACGCUCGUGUUCACUGACAUUGAGAGCAGCACAGCGCUGUGGGUCGCGUGGUCCGAGUUGAUGCCCGACACCGUGGCGACGCACCACCAGCUGAUCCGCGCGCUGAUCGCGAAGUACAGCAGCUACGGGGUGAAGACGAUCGGCGACUCGUUCAUGAUAGCGUGCAAGAGUGUGUUUGCCGCCGUGCAGCUUGUGCGCGAGCUGCAGCGGGUGUUUCUGCAGCACGCGUGGGGGACGAGUGUGCUCGACGACGCGUACCGAAAGUUCGAGGAGGGCCGGGCGGAGGAGGAGGAGACGAAGGGGUACGUGCCGCCGACAGCGCGCCUGGACGCCGCUGUGUACCGGCAGUACUGGAGCGGUCUGCGGGUGCGUGUGGGGGUGCACACCGGGCUGUGCGACAUCCGGCCCGACGAGGUGGGGAAGGGGUACGACUACUACGGUGACACGGCGAACAUGGCGGCACGCACGGAGAGCGUGUGGAACGGCGGGCAGGUGCUGCUCACGCGUGCAGCGUACAUUGUGCUGAGCACGGCGGAGCGGGAGGAGGUGGAGGCGACUGCGCUGGGUGCGGUGGCGCCGCGUAGGGUCGAGUGGGGGGCAGAGUUUUGGUUCCGUUUUGCGACGGUUACUGCGCUGCGCUGGUGGCAGCCACUGGGUGCCAAUCCGUUGCGCCCUUUACGGGUUGUGCGGCUCGGGCACCGCGGGAGUUGUGCGUGGGCCCCGCCGGUAUGCGUCCGGCUGUGGUGCGAGGGGCGGGGUGGGGGGUGCGUAUCUCUUCUUAAUUGCCGGAGGGGACUUUGUGUGCUCACUCCCACAGCACAUGUGAGGCACAUGAGUUCGGUGUGGCUUGCCGGUGGCGCCUCGCUGCGCCGUGGUCGUGUUUGCGUCUUCCCUCUUCUGACGGGUCGCCUUCACCGGGUUCCGUUCACCCCUCAUGUGAUUUGCACGGAGUGA